AUGGACCCCGAGCGCUGCGCGCCUUUCGGUGCGGGGCCCAGCCCCUACGCGGCCGCGGGGGACGAGUCUCCAGGCUCCCAGGGGACCCCCGCCGCCGCGCCUCACCUGCACCCCGCGCCGCCCCGCGGCCCGCGGCUGACCCGCUUUCCGACCUGCGGGCCCCUGGAGCCCUACCUCCCAGAGCCGGCCAAGCCGCCCGCCAAGUACCUGCAGGACCUCGGGCCCGGCCCGGCGCUCAACGGCGGCCACUUCUACGAUGGCCCCGCGGAAGCUGAAGAGAAGGCCGCCAAAGCUGCCAGCUUCCCCCAGCUGCCCUUGGACUGCCGAGGAGGCCCCAGGGACAGACCCUCUAACUUGCGAGGCUCCCCGGGUCCCUGCCUGGCCAGCCUGCGUGUCCCCCUGUCCCCCGGACUCCCCAACUCCAUGGAGUUGGCCAAGAACAAGAGCAAGAAGCGCCGUAACCGCACGACAUUCAGCACGUUCCAGCUGGAGGAGCUGGAGAAAGUCUUCCAGAAAACCCACUACCCUGAUGUGUACGCUCGGGAGCAGCUGGCUCUGCGCACAGACCUGACUGAAGCCCGGGUACAGGUCUGGUUCCAGAACCGGAGAGCCAAGUGGCGGAAGCGUGAGCGCUAUGGAAAGAUCCAGGAGGGGCGGAACCCCUUCACGACUGCCUAUGACAUCUCCGUGCUGCCCCGCACCGACAGCCACCCCCAGCUGCAGAACUCCCUGUGGCCCAGCCCAGGCUCUGGGAGCCCCACGGGUCCCUGCCUCGUGUCUCCAGAGGGUAUCCCCUCCUCGUGCAUGUCUCCAUACUCCCACUCCCACGGGAAUGUGGGUGGCUUCAUGGGCAUGCCAGCCUCCCCUGGAGCCCACCCUGGCAUCUACUCCAUCCACGGCUUCUCCCCUGCCCUGGGGGCCCACAGCUUUGAGCCCUCUCCAGACAUCGACUACAAGUCUCCAGGCCUUGUCUCGCUCAGGGUGAAGCCCAAGGAGCCGCCCAGCCUGCUGAACUGGACCACGUGAUCGCUGCACGGACACGCAGCCUGAGCUGCCCACCCCUCUUUCCAUUCCCAGCUGCUCUCACUCCUCCCCUGCCUGGACCCCAGAGAGGACAGGUGGUUCCUGGAGGCCUGGGCAGAGCAGCUGGGACUCUCAGCUCCUUGUAGGGAACAAGCUACAGGGUUAUUUCUUUUAGUAUAAGGUGGGGCCGCCCAGGAGAAAGGGGGUUUCAAACAGGUGCCCAGGCUACAAACUGGGGCCCCUUGCCCAAACUCUGGGCCAGAGGGAGGAAGACCCUGUCUUGCUUCCUCCAGAUUUAGCCGUCUGGCACCCCUCCAGCUGAAACAGGCUUGAUUGGCUCCUCAUUCAGGGAGCCCAGGAGAACGGGAGGAGGACUGAACUGGGAGGAGCUUAUUAUGAAGUAGGGCAAACCCAAAUCAGAAGAGAGGAGUCUCAUUUGACCACCCAGGGCAGGCCUUGCCUUUCCCUCCCCACCACCAGGAGGUAUGCACCCAGGUCCUGGUGCCCAGAAGGCCUGGAAGCUGGGUGCCAGAGUGAAAGAUGCUCUUUCCCCCCAGCUCCAGUCAUCCCUUACUCCUGACCCCUACUUCCUCCCCCUACACACUAUGGAGUCAUUUUUCCCCUCCAAAGAGGCAGAAGUUCCACCAGAAAUCACCCCAAUUUUGGAUUCUGUCCCAGAGCUAUGCCAUGGAAACCAUGGUCUCCUUUUUGGGUGUUGGUGAGAAUAAAACAGAUUUCCACAGAUUCUGAGCCCCUGAGAUCCUGAUCCCCACUUCUGUGAAGAUACUUUUGUUAAAAAAAACAAACAAACAAACCAGUGUUUAGCGUAAUAAUAAA